UCCGCCCCGCCGCCUCUCUAGACGUUCCGUUCGUUAGCCCACCCGGACGAGACGACGAACGAGAGCCCCAUCCCAUCCGGUUCCGCUUCGGCGCGUCCCUCUGUUGCCUUGCCCUUGCCGCCAACCAACACCCCCGACCCCGAGAGCCGAGCCCCUCUUGCUUGGCCCUCAAGCUUUCGGUGCGUCACCCGCCGCCAACCCUCGACGAGACUCCGAUUCUCUUUUCCCCUAGGCCAAGGUCUGGCCUUCCGGUCUUUCUUCACGCCGUUUGUGCGGUGCGGUGGCGAUCGUCCGCGAUGGGCGCCGCGCGGGGAGAGGAGGACGGGGAGGGGCGCUGCGGCGAGCGGUGCCCGUCGUGGUACGUGAGCCGGGAGGAGAUCGAGAGCGGCUCGCCGUCGCGGCGGGACGGCGUCAGCGCGGCCAAGGAGGCCGAGCUCCGGGCCACCUACUGCUCCUUCAUCCGCGACGUGUGCAUCAGACUCCGACUGCCGCAGAUUACAAUGGCCACGGCGAUCAUGCUCUGCCACCGUUUCUACCUCCGCCAGUCUCAUGCCAAGAACGAGUGGCAGACUAUUGCAACUGUCUGCAUAUUUCUUGGGUCAAAGAUAGAAGACACACCUUGUCAAUUGAAACACGUGGUCAUUGUGUCAUAUGAAACAAUGUACCAUAAAAAUCCGGAUGCUGCUAAGAGAAUCCACCAGGAGCAUGAAGUGCUUGCGAAGCAAAAGGCACUGAUUUUGGUGGGGGAGACACUGCUGCUUUCAACAAUAAGGUUUGAUUUCAAUAUACAUCAUCCUUAUGAACCUCUAAAGCUCGCGCUGAAGAAGCUGGGCAUUGCCGAGACGGAACUGAGACAAUCUGCUAUGAGUCUCAUUAACGAUACGCUUCCGUCAACUCUAGUCAUCCAGUUCAAACCACAGUAUAUUGCUGCGGCAUCACUGUGGUUUGCUGCCAAAUUUCACAACGUUAAUCUUUCCCAGAAUGGGACAAUAUGGUGGCAUGUGUUCGAUGUUGCUCCAGAUCCGUUGAGAGUUGUUGUGCAGCAAAUGUCUGAGCUCUUUGAGAAAAGAGCCCCAUGCUCCGUGGGUCCUGUUACCAAGCCAGUACCAGCUUCAAGCGCGACGGAUAAACACCAGAUCAAGCCGGCCCCAACUCAUACUCCAAUGGAUAAGCAUCAGAUCAAGCAGGUUCCAGCUCCAAUGAAUAGACAUCAGAUCAAGCCGGUCCCAACUCCAACUCCAAUGGAUAAGCAUCAUAUCAAGCAGAUCCCAGCUCCAGCUCCAACGUGUAGACAUCAUAUCAAGCCGGUUCCAACUCCCAUCCCAACUCCGAUGGAUAAGCAGCAGAACAAGCUAGCUCCAACUCCGAUGGAUAAGCAGCAGAACAAGCUAGCUCCAACUCCGAUGGACAAACAGCAGAACAAGCCGGCUGCAGCUCCAGCUCCGACGGACAGAUGUCAGAGAGUAAGCACCCCGGUUCCUGCACCGAGGGACACGCAAUCUUCAAGGAGAAGCUUUAGCAGCAGCAGCAACACAGAAGCUCCUAGACGUGUGCCUGCAGGCCGUUCAUCUAACGAGAAGCCCAGAGACAGGUCGCCAAGGCAUGAAGGGCACUGGUGCCGAGGAAAGGAUGGAGAGAACCAGCAUUGUCAAAAACACAGAGACCAUAACUCUGAGCAGAGGCCAGAAGAACGGUCUAAUCAGAGAGCUCUGAAGUCUGGUCUUGCUUACCUUGUUCGUAGUGGUGGGCCGAAGGAUACAGGUGCAGCAACAGAGAUCAGGAACCUGACCAGACGGAAGAGAAGGAUCCAGGAGGUUGGAGGGCUCCCAACUCCUGUUUACACGUCGGAUACGGAUGCUUGGAGGCAAGUUAGCGCUGUAGUUCUUUUUGGAACGAAGGGACAGAAAAGGCCGAGAGGAGAUGAACCGUAGGAGUUGCCGCCUUUUUUAUUUGGUAUUUUGCAGAGAAGGUCGAGAGAAGAUGAACCGCGUAGGAGUUGCCGUUUUCAUUUGGUAUUUGGCAGAGACCGACGGCUGGUCUUUGCUGGACUGAUGAUACUUUGAGACAAAGGUGUCUAAUGUGGACGGGGUCUGUGAAUUAAGUUCACUCGUGCGCAUCAGAUGCACCCAGCUUGCACUGAAAAUGACACGCUAUUGUCUCCAUGGACCAGGCUGUUCCGGUUCUGUAGGCACGGAUGGACAGUGAUGGAGAGAAAGCUGGUUUUGGGCACCACCUGGUGCCAGCCAUCUUUGUUUUGGACUGAGCUGUAUGGCUCAAAACAAAUUUUGUAGUGUGUGUCCAUGUGUAUAUUAGGACGGUGUUCUAAUUCUGUCUCAGAUCGUCCAGUGCUAUUUAGUUAUUUACACCGUGCCUGUCUGUCCUUCGAGUUCUCAGUUUUUAGUGGCUUAUUGGUGAAAAUUUGUUAUCCGUUUGAAAUUUCUCAUGCGAACGAGGAGGAGAUUUGACAGUGCCUUGGCCGUCGACACAAUCCGCCAACACAUUUGAUCAUUACCAGCUUCUGCAAUAUGCUCUAGAGAGCCUGGUUUGUACAAAUAAAGGGAGAACAGACAGAUUUUUGUACAGCCUGAUGGCAUAGCGUUAGCCAUUGUAUCAUAUACAAGGACUGGCCCGAGCGAAUACGCUCCUGGAGUCCUUUUGCACAACGAGAGCACCACAGGAUGCAUUCGUU